ACUGGUAGUACUGCUACUGUCAUGCUGUUGCAUCCUCGUUCCACCCCAGUGAAAGAAAGCACUUCCCGACGACAGAGGCCACUACGGGAACCGACUGCCUACGGAGUCUUGCGAACCAAACGGCGUACCACACAACAGCAAUGAAUUCCUCGGCGUCGAGACUGCGGAUUCCAGCGCGCCGGUGGAGGCGGUGCCGAGCGGACCAACGGUGGCCAAGAACGAAUCCGAAUGCGAAUGCGAAUGCACCGGCACCGGCACCUGGCCCUUUUCCCCGCUUGCCGGUAUGUGCGGGCCGGAAUGCGUGUGCCCGGUGGUUUUCGGUCGACGCGUCKUCGUCGUCGUCAUCGACCACGCUGGCCUUUGACCGGGACCUGAAGCGGAAACAACGGGACAACGCCGCGAGGUCCAAAAAGGCGUGGCGGUCGGCGCCACCGAAGGGGAGCGGCGAGAAAGGCGGCGACAACAACGACGACGACGACGACGACGCGGUGGACUACGAUUAUUUCCGGAACGAAAUGGCCGCCCGGCUGGUCGACCGUUUGGACGACAUCAAGCGGGCGGAGGGCUUCCCGCUGGCCCUGGACAUUGGCGCGGGAGGGGGGCACAUCUACCGGGCGAUCUGUUCCGACGACGCCUUCGAGGGAGAGGGCGGGAUCGGCGGCGUCCGAAAGAUGGUCCUGCUCGAUUCGAGCGCCGGCAUGCUGGGCACAAACGACGGCGACGACGACGACGGCGACGGCGAGCACAUCGAGGGGUCCCACCGGUGCGGUGCGUACAAGCUGCACGCCGACGAGGAGGAAGACCUUCCGUUUCCCGACGGGACCUUCGAUCUCGUGAUGAGUUCGCAGGCGAUUCACUGGGUGAACGACCUGCCCAAGCUCUUCCGGGAGGUCCACAGGGUCCUCAAGCCCGACGGGUGUUUCAUGUUUUCGAUGAUCGGGGGCGCGACGCUCCCGGAGCUCCGGGUCUCCAUGGUGCUCGCGGAACUGGAGCGGGAGGGCGGGGUCGGCGCCCACGUCGGUCCCUUCGUCGAGCUCUCCGACGUGGGCUCCCUGAUGCAGAACGCCGGGUUUUCCCUGCCGACGAUCGACGUCGACACGGUUCGGAUCUCCUACCCGAGCGCGCCCGUUCUGAUGGAACACCUGCAGCGGAUGGGCGAGGGAAACGCYUCCGUCCGGCGGCGGGAGCACACCGGGAGGGACGUCUUUCUGGCGGCCUCGUGCAUCUACGACGAGCUGUACCCCCUCGGAGAUCCGGGGGGAGACGGCGGGGGAGAGGUCGAGGCGACCGCGCAGGUGAUCUUUGCCAUCGGGUGGACCCCCCACGCCUCCCAGCAAAAGCCGGAACCCCGGGGGAGCGCCACCCACCGCAUCGGAGACGUGGUCACCGUUACCGAGCACAAGGGGGAAGACGAAGAUAAACCCUAGGGCGGAAGUGGCAGGUUCCACGGCCCCCGGUGCCUUGGUUGUUGCAGCGAUGCAGCGGGAUGGCAACGGCAAUUCAAUGCUCUUCCAUAUCAAUACUAGUAAUCGCAGGCCUUUCUCUAGAACCCGAGUUUCGCAUCCACCGGUGGGGGGGAGCAGAACUAGAAGUGCGUAACAACCAUGUCGUGCCGGUACAGGUGGUGCUUGGUUUGUGGUUGCAGUGAUUGUUUUCCGGUUUUCUGCUCGUACGUACUGGUACUACCGUUCCUGCACAGAUGUGAUGGUACCGUACAUGUAGUAUAUAUUUAUAUGUAU